GUAUUUAGUAAGGAUGGUACUGCAGUAAGAAGGAUUGGAUCUAAAGGUAAUGGUAAUGGACAGUUUGACAGGCCUUGGGGUUUAUUGCUGGUAGGAGACAGGCUCUAUGUGUCUGAUGAUAAUCUUCAUCAUGUGCAGUAUUUCUCAGCUACUACAGGUCAGUAUAUUGGUCAGUUUGGUAGUGCAGGUAUUGGUAAUGGACAAUUCUCUAAUCCUUGUGGUAUGUCUACUGAUGGUAAGGGUAAUAUAUUAGUUGCUGAUUACAACAACAACAGAGUACAAAUCUUUAAAGAAGAUGGUACAUUUGUACAAGUCAUACAAUGUGAUGGUAAAGCAACUGAUGUAGCAGUUGAUAAUGAAGGAAAGAUACACGUUACCAUUCAAAGUCAACAUCAUGUUCAAGUCUUCUCUUCUGAUGGUAAAACUCAUCUUGACACAUACAAUAAUCCAGCUGGUAACUUUAACACUCCUAAUGGUAUUGCUAUUGAUGAUGAAGGAUAUAUCUUUAUAUCAUGUAACAAUGGCUAUCUUCACGUACUGAGUCCUGACAGGAAAGAAGUCAAAUUAAUCUCAGGAUUAUCUAAUCUAUGGGGAGUAGCACUGGAUAAGGAUGGAUAUAUUUAUGUUGCUGAAUAUGGCAACAAUCGUAUCAUGAAGUAUUAA